AUGGUUGUGGUUUCUACAUACAAUAUCUUUGUGCUAUUUUUUUUAUUUUUUUUUCCAUUAGGUGCCUGUUUUAUGCUUCAAAAACCCGACUUUUGACCUUAUUUUUAUUACCUUUUGGUGUGCAAAUUAUGGAAACUAAAGCGCGGACAACUCAAUGUAUUUGAAUUUUUUUAAUGUUGCUUGAAAGCUUAUUAUUUGGAGGGGGAAAAAACCUUAUUUCUUUUCAUAUUUGGUAUACUGGAAAUGACAUUUCUAUUGAUUUUUUCAUAAGGCCCACAACUUUACAGGAUGGAUCAUGAGACAAUGACAAAGAAGGCUUGGCAGGACAAAGAUUAUGAUGUUGCAACGUUGGCAAAGAACUCAAGUCUGAAUUUCUAAUAUGGAAUUUGCAGUAAUACUACCUUGAGGAUGAGAUUGAGGAUUUUAAUUUGUCUUUUGUGAUCUCUUUAUUAAGCUCUAUUAUCUCAUAUUUUGUUGCAUUAUAAGGAGAUUAGGUUAAUAUAAGGUGGAAAGGAAUGAGGGUACAAUUUUCCUAUAGUAGUUCAUGUUAAUUUGCUCUUGCAUUUUAAUCAACUUUUUUUUUUUUUUCUUCAGGCACAAGGUUACCUAGAGAUUCUUAAUGAGGUAUAAGCAUUAAUUAAUCUCUCACUCUCUCUUUCCCUCCCACCUUACUCCCCCGCUUAAACUCUCCCCAUGUGCAUCGACAGUUUCCCCAAGAGAGACCAUCUCAUAAACAAUGGCGGUUUUUCAAGAAAUUCAGUCCGACCAUGCCUCGCCCAAAAGACGCCGCGCAGAUAACAUACCCGACCAUCAUCCCAAGUUUGACGACAAUAAAAAAAAUCCUCAUCCAUGGCCUUCGCAGCCUUUCAGGAUACAGCGUGAGGCGUCCAAGAUUUUAAGUCCAAGAGAUGUUAAUCCGAAAAAUCCCCAGCUGCAAAUAAGUGCUCACGACUCCUUUGUCUUGACUAAAAGCCACAAGAUCAUAGAAUCUCUUCCAGGCACAUUUAAACAAAAUCUUGUGGUAUAUGAUGAAGGUGAUAUGAAGUACAACAUGAUCUUAUCGAAUCCUAUGCCCGGAAAAUGUGUAAGAUUCUCCAUUUCUGAAGAUUGGGGAAAGUUUGUUAAGGUUCACAAUCUGAAAGCUGGUGAUAGGGUCUCGUUUCACAGUGUUCCGGAGGAAAAUGUUUAUGAUGAUUACUGUUACAUUGUUAAGCAUGUUAGGAAUUAUCCUAGUAAGGAUAUUGGUAACCAGAAUACGAAGAAAUUGAGUGGUGCUGGCCGAAAAGUGGAGCAUGAUAAGAAAAAGGCUGGGACAAAAAAGGCACUUGAGCGGAAAAAGCUUAUAGGUGAUCAUGAAAAAUUGCCACUCGGAGUUGGGCAUCAGGAAGCUGUCUCACCGGAAUAUAGAACUGUUAAAAAGAAAGGAAUUUGAAAGGGCCAGAUUUAAGUAUUCUUCAUGGAAGAGCUAUGACACGUGAGGCCUACUGCUUGUCCAAGACUCUAACUUCUGUCGAAGUCGUUCGAAAAAAACCGAGGCUAUACUUUGAUCCUUAUGAUGCAAGCGUCUUAGCAGAUUGUCCCAACAUUGGAAGACAUCCUCUCAUGAAAUGCUCAAAAAAAUUAUCUGUAUACGAUGGAGAAAAUAGAAGAUUCCUUUUUAAUUUACGGGACUGCACGAGUGGCGGGGUAAUCAGGAGCUACUGUAUUGAUAAUGACUGGAAAAUCUUUCUUAGGAAGCACAAUUUGAGAGAAGGCGAUGUGCUCACGUUUUACAGGUUCCGAGAAGCAGGUGUUUUUAAACUUAAAUACUACUAUGUGCUUAAGUAUUUCAGAAAGCCCCUGGAUGUUGUUGAUCGGUUAAAAAGUAAUGAGGAUAGAAUGGAAAAGAUCUUUGAUGGGCAAAAGAGAAUUGUGCUGGGGCCUGAUUCUAGUGCCUCCUGCUUUUAUAAGACUCUAACCUCCAUAGAAGUCGUUCAGAAAAAUCCAAAGCUUUACUUUGAUCCUCACGAUGCUAGCGUUUUAACCAACUGCCCUGAGAUUGGGAGACGCCCUCUCGGCCAAUGUUCCAAGUGGCUUUCAAUAUUUGAUGGGAAGAAUAGAAAAUAUAAGAUGAAUUUGCAGCACUGCAUUAGUGGCGGGGAAAUAAGGAGCUUCUGCAUUAGUAUGGGCUGGAAAAAAUUUCUUCGGGCCCACAACUUGCGAGAAGGGGACGUAUUAACAUUCUAUAGGUUCCGAGUCGAAUGUGGUGAUUCUGAGCUCAGAUACUACUAUGUGCUCAAGUACUUUAGGAAGCCUCCAGAUGUUGAUCGAUAUAAGAAUGAAGUUGGCCAAGAAGAUGAGUAGAAAAAUUAAAGCUAGGUAAUUUUAGAUAAUGCUGGUGCUUACGAUAAUGUUUUUUUGGUUUAUGUUUUUUAGUUUGUUUUGUUUUAAGAAUGUUUCUGCAGUGGUGCAUGACAUUGUUGGUGAAAUUGUAGAAUUUAUGCAGUCAUGCGCGCUCAUGAACGUUGUCUGAGUUGAUUGCUGAGAGACGAUGUAGGUAAUUAAGACAAGCGUCUCAAGCUUUGAAUGAUGGCAAUGGUUUGUCAUUUUGAAGAUUUGUAGCAGUAAUGAAAAUUGACGACCCUUGCGGUUUUACCUAAUUGCUUAAGAAACCUACAUGUUCUUUUGAAAUUGAAGAAUCCUAGGUAGUUUUUGUUAUCCUAAUGAGAG